AUGGAGAGAAGAGUUCAUUUUUUGACCUCAAAAGCUUCAUUUUUCUUCACCUUUUGCUUCUGUUAUGGUUUCAUUGUCAGUCCUAGAACACUAGUGACUUCUCUUUCACCUGAUGGCCAGGCUCUAGUUUCUCUUCUCUCAGCUUCUGACCCUUUUACCAAGUCUAGAUCAUCUGUGCUUUCUUCUUGGAACCCCUCAAGCCCAACUCCAUGUUCAUGGGAAGGAAUAACUUGUUCUCCUCAAGGAAGAGUCAUUUCAGUCUCUCUUCCAAACACAUUUCUCAACCUUUCUUCUUUGCCUACAGGGCUCUCUUCUUUGUCCUCGUUGCAGCUUUUGAAUCUCUCCUCUACUAACAUCUCAGGACUAAUCCCUGCUUCCUAUGGUGCAUUUUCCCAUCUUCGCCUUUUAGACCUCUCUUCCAACUCUCUUUCUGGGCCUAUUCCUCCUGGACUAGGCAGCCUUACUUCACUUCAAUUCCUUUUCUUGAACUCAAACAGAUUAACAGGCAGAAUCCCACCACACCUUGCUAAUCUUUCUUCAUUGCAAGUCCUCUGUCUCCAAGAUAAUCUCCUUAAUGGGUCCAUUCCGGCUCAAUUAGGCUCCUUGUCAUCCCUCCAACAGUUCAGAGUUGGGGGAAAUCUGCAUUUAACAGGGGAAAUUCCUCCACAGUUAGGCCUACUUACUAAUCUCACAACGUUUGGGGCUGCGGCUACUGGACUUUCGGGUGUUAUACCGCCUACAUUUGGGAACCUGAUCAAUCUUCAGACUUUAGCCCUUUAUGAUACUGAAGUGUUUGGUCCAGUGCCCCCUGAGCUCGGGUCAUGCUCGGAGCUUAGAAACUUGUAUUUACAUAUGAAUAAGCUAACUGGUACAAUCCCACCUCAAUUGGGAAAGUUGCAGAAGGUUACUAGCUUGCUUCUUUGGGGUAAUUCUUUGACAGGAACUAUACCGGCGGAGCUUUCAAAUUGUUCAUCACUCGUUAUACUUGAUGUUUCUACAAAUGAAUUGUCUGGUGAAAUUCCAGCUCAUCUGGGGAAGUUGAUGGUUCUUGAACAGCUUCACUUGUCUGAUAAUGCACUAACCGGUUCAAUUCCAUGGCAGUUGAGUAACUGCUCUAGUUUAACAGCUCUUCAGCUUGAUAAGAACCAAUUAUCAGGUCCAAUUCCCUGGCAAGUUGGUGAAUUGAAAUAUUUGCAGAGCUUUUUCUUGUGGGGUAAUUCAGUUUCAGGAACCAUGCCGGCUUCCUUUGGGAACUGUACUGAGCUAUAUGCUCUUGACCUCUCGAGGAAUAAGCUCACUGGAAUAAUACCAGAGGAGAUUUUUGGGUUGAAGAAGCUGAGCAAAGUUUUGUUGCUAGGAAACUCAUUAAUCGGAGGAGUGCCUCGAAGUGUUGCAAGAUGCCAGUCUCUAGUGCGGUUAAGGCUCGGAGAAAAUCAGCUUUCUGGUCAGAUUCCUAAAGAGAUUGGACAGCUGCAAAAUCUUGUGUUUCUUGACUUAUAUAUGAACCAUUUCUCUGGUGGUUUACCUCCUGAAAUUGCUAACGUUACGGUUCUUGAGCUGUUGGAUGUGCAUAACAAUUACCUCACUGGUGAAAUACCAUCUCAACUGGGUGAGCUUGUCAAUUUGGAGCAGCUUGACCUCAGUAGAAACAGCUUCACUGGGCAGGUUCCUUCAAGUUUUGGUAACCUCAGUUAUCUGAACAAACUUAUACUGAAUAACAAUCUGCUUAGUGGACCAAUCCCAAAGUCCGUUAGGAAUCUGCAGAAAUUAACACUUCUUGACUUGAGCUACAACAGCCUCUCUGGUUUAAUCCCACCAGAAGUUGGUUAUGUAACAAGCUUAACAAUUAGUUUGGACUUGAGCUCGAAUCAUUUUUGUGGUGAACUCCCAGAAACAAUGUCUGGUUUGAGACAGCUGCAAUCACUUGAUCUUUCUCGUAACAUGCUUUAUGGAAAGAUUACAAUUUUGGGUUCCCUGACCAGUCUCACUUCAUUGAAUGUGUCAUAUAACAAUUUCUCAGGUCCUAUACCAGUCUCACCAUUCUUCAGAACUCUGACUUCAAACUCUUUUCUUGAGAACCCAAACCUUUGUGAAUCUGAUGAUGGCUUCACUUGUUCUUCACGGCUAAGUGGACGAAACAGGUUGAAGUCUGCUAAAACCAUAGCUUUAGUUGCGGUAGUUCUGACUACUGUAAUGAUGGCGCUUGUAGUUACUUGGAUUCUUGUUAUGAGGAAUCAAAAAUACAUGUCGAGAAAGCACUCAGGCAUGUUGACUCCAUCAAGGGAAGAGGAUUUUUCUUAUCCAUGGAAUUUUAUCCCAUUUCAGAAGCUCAACUUUACCAUCGACAGCAUCUUGGAGUGUCUGAGAGAUGAAAAUAUUAUUGGUAAAGGUUGUUCAGGAGUUGUUUACAAGGCAGAAAUGCCAAAUGGUGAGUUGAUUGCAGUGAAGAAGCUUUGGAAGACGAAGAAGGAAGAAGAACCACUAGAUUCAUUUGCUGCAGAGAUUCAAAUCCUGGGACACAUUAGGCACAGAAAUAUAGUGAAGCUUCUUGGUUACUGUUCUAAUAAGAGCGUUAAGCUGCUCUUAUACAACUAUAUUUCGAAUGGAAAUUUACAACAGCUCUUGCAGACAAAUAGGAAUUUAGAUUGGGAGACCAGAUACAAAAUUGCAGUCGGAGCAGCCCAAGGUCUGGCUUACCUUCAUCAUGAUUGUGUGCCAGCAAUUCUUCAUAGGGAUGUUAAAUGCAAUAACAUUCUCCUGGAUUCCAAGUAUGAUGCAUAUUUGGCAGACUUUGGACUCGCAAGGCUAAUGAGCUCUCCAAAUUACCAGCAAGCUAUGUCCAGAAUAGCAGGAUCUUAUGGAUAUAUUGCACCAGAAUAUGGGUACACUGCCAACAUAACAGAGAAGAGUGACGUGUAUAGCUUUGGAGUUGUUCUGCUUGAAAUUUUAAGUGGCCGGAGUGCCAUUGAGCCUCAAGUUGGAGAUGGAAUGCACAUUGUUGAGUGGGUAAAGAAGAAGAUGGGAAGCUUUGAACCAGCUGCAACAAUACUCGAUUCAAAGCUCCAGGGAUUACCGGACCAAAUGGUGCAAGAAAUGCUUCAGACAUUGGGGAUUGCAAUGUUCUGUGUAAAUUCAUCGCCAGCUGAAAGGCCAACCAUGAAGGAAGUUGUUGCACUUCUAAUGGAAGUCAAGAGUACCCCUGAGGAGUGGGGAAAAACGUCACAACCUCUAAUAAAGCAGUCCUCAACCCAAAGCUGAUGCUUUUUGGCUUUCCUGACUUGCCUCUUCUAGGUGUCCGUGACUGAUCUUCUUUGGUUCCCCAGCUUAGAUAGAAUGACAUCUCCAAGCAUUGAAUGAUAUUUGGGGAACUUUU